UUUCCUUUUUCCACGAAAAAUCCGAUCUUUCUUCCUGUUUCUCUCUCUCUCUCUCUCUUUCUCUCUCUCUCUCUCUCUCUCUCUGUCUCUCUUUCUCCCUCACCAUUUAAACUUUAUCGCAUAAACUCUGCGUAGAUACACAUAUACGCAUACUCGGUAUAUCGUGCACAUACAGCAUACGUACACACAUACACACACACACACAUACAGAGCAUAGAUACGCAUAGAUAUAUAGAUGUAAGCUUCUACCAAAAAAAAGAAAAAAGAAAAAAAAAGAAAAAAAGAAAGAAAGAAAGAAAGAAAAAAGGAAGAAAGAAAGAAUAAGAGGCAGGAGGGAUCGAGGUGGCGCGAGCGGCGAUCGGACUGACCGAGAGCACGAGCACGAGCACGAUCACGAUCACUAGCACGAGAGCACAAGAAAGGGCGCGCGCGCACGCGAGCAAAAGGAAGGAAGGAAACGAGAGGAGCAGACCACGGUCGUCGUUGCGUUCGACCGGGCCAACCAGUCUGCUGCUGCCCGCAGCAAACCUCGCGACGAUGGCCGAGUUUUAAUGUGAAGUUAUAAGUGGACGACGUAAUCGUGCCGUGCAACAACGCGACGCGAUGUAAAAUGACGCAAAGCAAUUCGAUGCUCACGUACCAAUUCUAAUAUCAUAUUCGUUUAUAGAUAAUACGAAAAUAACGAUAGAUAGAGAGAGAGAGAGAGAUAGAGGGAGAGACAGAGAGAGAGAGAGAGAGAGAGAGAGAGAGAAAAAGAUAUCGAGAAAAGUGGAACAGAAACGGAGACAGACAAAGGGGGGAGGGGAGAAAUAGAGAGAGACAGAGAGAGAGAGACAGAGAGAGAGAGAGAGAGAGAGAUGUGGAACACCAAAGGUGGUUACAACCUAGAGUGAUCGUCACUUCCGGAAUGCCGUGGACUCAACCGCGCGCCUCCCGCGAUUUCAACCCCUUCUCUUAUCGUGGAUUCUGCGGUGAGGUUGAGCGAGGAAAGAGGAGAAACGUGCUGAAGAGGUGAUCACGUGCCCGACACUCCAAUGCCAUAAAGUUUUGCGGUAUCUAUUCGUAUCAUCAUACCCGAAGAAAAAUCAACAGGAAUAAAGGUCAAAGGUGGACUUAGUAGUAUCAUUGUGAUAAUGAAGUUUCUAAAAGGAAAUGAAAGAAACUAAAGCGCAUCUCGGAGAAGAGAAAGAUUAAAUGAAUAGAAGGAGAAGAAGGAAGAGGAGAAAAAUUGAGAAACGUUAGAAGAAAUUACCGAAAAGUUACGGAGAUUUUCGAAAACAUUUUUCUGGAAUGUCAGCAAUAUAAGCAACCAUUAUGAAAUAAGCUUCGCGAAACUUUUCUGGCAAAGUACCAUUGAUGCUUAUGUAACUUUUACGAAGAAGAAAGAAAGAGAGAGAAAAGGAUUUCACGAUGCGGAUAUCAGUAUCCCAUAGAAAAAAGGAAAUGUCAGUAGAUUUAUCCGUAGAAAUGUCUGUCCGCGUCGAUGAAUAAAAACAGCGCAACGUCGAGCGGUCACCGGCACUAUUUUCAACAAUUAAACUUCAAGGAAAAAAGGAAAGAAAAAAAAGAAGAUAAGAAGAAGAAGAAGAAGAAGAAGAAGAAUGUUAAGCGCGUUGGAUAUUGAUUUCAGAACUCGUAUUGGUUAUAUCGAAAUUUCGGAUCGAACAGAAAGUGAUCGAUCGUGGUAGUAUCGUGUAAAGUGAUCGGCAAAGUAUGUGCGCGUUUCAUAAAUAAAGAAAAUUGCAAACUGAGGAAUAAACGAAAGUAAGGAAGGAAAAAGAAAGAAAAGAAACUAAAAGAAAAGAAAAGAGAGAAAACAAAAUCCCUUUAGAGACGGCAGGAAGUGAGCCAGCAGGGAAAUUAAAGAUACGUCUAGUGUAGCUUGGCAAUUGAUGUAGACACGGAAUGUGGAAGUUCCGGUUGGCGUAUCGGAAAAGAGACGAGGAAUACGUUCGAUGGUCGAAGUUGGAUGUGCGGUUGAAUGCGCCCGGUCGUUCGAACUCAGAGGAGAAGAUCUUGUCACGCGUUUGGCGUACCGUGGAUGCCACGUGAUACUCGAAAAAAGUGCAUACGAAAAUACGAUCCCCGUGUUGGUUCACUUUCAUUUAAUCAAAGUGACGCGACGCGUGUUCGAUGUUAAAGUUGAGGUGAGAGAAAUUAGACUCGGAAGUAGCGAGGUGUUGUCCGCGAGUGUUGUUACAAGAUGGCGACCGAUAUCAUCGUCAAACCGGCAGGACGCCAACGAGAGCGCUGUUGGCGUCGUAUGCUGGUACGCGCUCACAUAUUUGCCGCCAUUUUGUGGCUCGACGCCAUCUUGACGUGCAGUGGGCAGAAGCCGAUCAAUCUCGGUGGUGUUAAGAAACGCGACGUCUAUAUAGCCGGUUUUUUCCCAUAUGGUAGUCACGUACGGGAAAGUCACGUGGGCCGUGGCGUCAUGCCCUCCGUCAAACUUGCCGUCGACCACAUCAACGAGGAUCCAACGGUGCUGAGAAAUUAUCGGCUACAUAUGUGGUGGAACGAUACCGAGUGCAACGCUGCCGUGGGUGUCAAAGCUUUUUUCGACAUGAUGCAUAGCGGGCCACAUAAGGUUAUGCUUUUCGGUGCAGCUUGCACUCAAGUUACGGAUCCGAUAGCGAAAGCCUCCAAACAUUGGCGUCUCACGCAGCUCAGUUACGCGGACACCCAUCCGAUGUUCACGAGCAAGAGCUUCCCUAAUUUCUUCAGGGUCGUACCGUCCGAAAACGCUUUCAACGCGCCACGCGUUGCAUUGCUAAUGCACUUCAAUUGGACCAGAGUUGGAACCAUCUAUCAGAACGAGCCACGUUACGCUUUGGCACACAAUCGUUUGGUCUCUGAUUUGGAUAAGAACAAAAUGGAGGUCGUGGAAACACAGAGUUUCGCUACGGAAGUAACAGCAGCACUCGAGAAACUAAAGGAUAAGGACGUGAGGAUCAUUCUUGGAAACUUUGACGAAAUUUGGGCGAGAAGAAUAUUCUGCGAGGCCUACAAGUUGGUAUUCGGAAUAUUCGGAAUGUACGGAAGGAAGUACCAAUGGGUCGUAAUGGGCACUUACGCAGAAGAGUGGUGGACUCUGCCCGGUGGUGGCUGUGCACCCUCAGAACUAGCGGAGGCUUUGCACGGCGCCAUCUUGACAGAUCUCCUACCUUUAACGACCGAGGAGGAUUACACUGUGUCUGGAAUCACACCUGAUCAGUAUCGAGUCGAGUACGACUCAAGAAGGGGAAAGGAGUAUUCGAGAUUUCACGGAUACACGUACGAUGGAAUUUGGGCGGUGGCGUUGGCAAUACAGCACGUAACACGUAGGAUACGACACUUUCGUCGGAAUCAGACUAUAUCGGAUUUCAAAUACAGAGACGCACUUUGGGAGAUGCUAUUCCUCGAGGCUCUCGGAAACACAAGUUUUAAAGGUGUAACGGGGCCCGUACGUUUUUAUAACAACGAGAGGAAAGCUUACAUCUUAUUGAAGCAGUUUCAAAGUGGUACCGAGGUUAAAGUUGGCGAAUAUGACGGAGUGACAGACACUUUAGAUCUGAGUAAAGGAGACUCUUUAGUUUGGAGAGGCAAGUCACCUCCAAAGGAUCGAACCGUUCACAUCAUUGAACAUUCCACCGUGAAUAUUACGAUCUACGCGGUACUGGCGGCCGCUGCAAGUGUUGGCAUCGUUAUGGCGGUCGUUUUCCUUGCCAUAAACAUAAGAUAUAGAAAUCAAAGAUAUAUAAAAAUGUCAUCGCCACAUCUGAACAAUCUCAUCAUCAUUGGGUGCAUGUUUACAUACAGCAGCGUCAUUUUUCUUGGGUUAGACUCACAAUUGUCGAGCGUGACUGCGUUCCCAUAUAUUUGUACCGCAAGGGCAUGGCUUCUGAUGGCUGGAUUUUCAUUAGCUUUCGGCUCCAUGUUCUCGAAAACUUGGCGAGUGCAUUCGAUAUUCACGGACGUGAAGUUAAACAAAAAGGUUAUAAAAGAUUAUCAGCUUUUCAUGGUGGUUGGCGUACUUCUGGUUAUCGACCUCGGGAUCAUGACUACGUGGCAGAUCGCCGAUCCAUUUUAUCGAGAAACUAAGCAGAUGGAACCUUACCCGCAUCCCUCGAGCGAGGACAUCAUCAUCAUACCUGAAAACGAGUAUUGCCAGAGCAACCGGAUGACCGUCUACAUGGGUUCUAUAUAUGCUUAUAAGGGCCUCCUAAUGAUUUUCGGUGCAUUUCUCGCGUGGGAGACACGACACGUCAGUAUACCAGCUUUGAACGACAGCAAAUAUGUCGGCAUGAGCGUUUACAAUGUCGUGAUAAUGUGCGUCACCGGUGCUGCCAUAAGUUUCGUCCUUGCCGACAAGCAAGACGCCAUGUUCAUCAUGCUCGCCGUCUUCAUCAUAUUCUGCAGUACGGCCACGCUCUGUCUUGUGUUCGUGCCUAAGCUGAUAGAGUUGCGAAGAAAUCCGCAGGGUGCAAUCGACAAGCGAAUGAGACCAACCUUAAAACCGGUGUCCAAAACUAGAAGAGAUUCCACCGUGAGCGAGUUAGAGGAACGAUUGAAGGAAGCGAUGACGGCUAAUCAAAAGUUUCGCAAACAGCUUUUGGAAAAGGAUAGCGAACUUCAAAUGUUCUUAAGAAGACUUGGCGAGGAUGGAGUAGCGGACACUCAGGAAGUCAUGGACAGGCUAACCGUUCCAAGGCAAGAGGGAAUCAUAAAAAAAGAAGGUCCAUCUUUAACCACGGAAACAACCGAUAUUUCAAUGUCCAUGUGCAGUUUAACUUCUACUACGGUAUCCCAAGCGGAAGGGGACUAUGUGAACGCAAGUGUCGUCGAGCAGGCCGCAAAAAAGAAGACGACCUUUGGGAAGGUACCAUCCAUCGCGGUCGAUAACGAACGCUCACCCUUGAUCCUUCCGUCGGCAUUGAAGCAAACUACCGGUGAGGAUACCGCUCGUAGGAAAAGUCAUGUUUGCGACGAGAAUCAAGAUAGCGAGCCGUUGCUUGAAAGGAGUCCGGAACCACGUUCGGAGGGUAAAAUGAACGUCGACUUCGUACCAGAGGUAGUCGAGGAAACUGAUUCAAUUGUUCUCGAGGAAACUGCUAUUCCCCGAGAUGCUAAAAUCAUUAUGAAAAAGGAUGAGGAGAGAGCGAGACUGCCAACACCACCACCUUCCAAAAAUGUCUCUUUCAGUGAAUUACAUGAUCAAGGAUACUCUGAACAUAUUCUUCCUCCGCCAUUACAAUUUGUUCCACCGAAACAUCGUCACUCUGGAUUUGUGAACGUACCAUCCCAUCAGUCUUUAAAAAGAAGAUCAUCUGUGAGGAAUGAUAGCUUGGCACAUUCUCAUCACGAACUAUCAGAAUGUCGCAGAACAAGCGUACCAAUUAACUCGAUCAGCUACAUUUCGACGGAGAACGUAUCCAAGUCGAGUGGUAAGGACGACAUUCAAACUUCUUUCGACAAAGCAUAUGUGAUCGGGGAAUGUGGCCACCGGCGUAGUUUAGUUACCGGCUACAGAUGCGAAAAGCAUGGUGGACGUGGACACAGUCACGCAAUGAUUAAUGGCUCUGCCGAGACCCCACCGGCGCCGCGACGUCAUCGUAAGCAUCAUGAUUCUCACAACGCCAGCUCACCGAGCGUACCCGCCAUGGUCAACGCCAGCUACUCUGAUACUGAAAGAUGUGAGGAGUUAGCUUCAGCGAUCAUUCAACGCUCGGUUUCGGAGAGAUCGCGAGAGAAAUGUUUACGUGGUCGAAGCGGCGGUGGUCAUUCAAUCUCCGAGUGUCCUCAUCGGGCUGCUGCCUCGCGGAAGAUUCGUGAAUGCAGACACACCGAAUCGAAAUUGCGUCAUCAGCAGGCUCGCUUGGAAUACGUUCAGAGCACUCCAAAUGUAGCGACGAUUCACAACAGCAAAUAUGCAAGUGGUAAUCCACGCGCUGGUGAUGUUGGUGGAAGUGGCGAAGGUAUCCUCGGAUCAGGUGGUGUAAGCCGUGGUGGAGGUGGAACCCGUGUUGGUUCAAGAGCUGGGCCUGGCGUAACAUCGAGUGGUGGGGAAAUAUAUAGUGCUGCCUCUGACGGCGAACUCUUGGACCGGGCGAUAUUACUGCCGAUAUUUCAGAAGCUCCUCACCGAGAGACAUAAAAGUAAUGCGAGGAGUGGAUACGGUGCUAGCAUAGCGAGUUGUCCGAACAUAUCGAUAAAGUGCGACAUUGUCGAGUAUCUGUAAAAAAAAAAAAAAAAAAUAUCUAUCUCUCCUCGUUUUAUAACACUCGAAGGACCGCGUUCUCCAAAAGAGAGAUGAUAUCUCUCGUGCUUCUGUAUAGUAAUGUAAAUCUAAGAUGUCUCAUUUUUUCUUUUCUUUUCUUUUCUCCUUCGUAUCGUCAUUAUUCUUAAAUAUUAUCUAUAUGCGUUUACAGUCAAGGAAAUUCUGAAAUAUAAAAUGUUGUCAACGUAAAGGUCCCCUCCCAUCACUUUUAUGAAAUUUUCGAGAGAUUGGACUGUAAUAAUGUCAAUACAUAUAAGUAUCGCUCAGUCGGAACAUUUUAUUUUACAGAAUCCCUUAGCUGUACGCCGAAUUGUGCAAUAAUCGGCCGUUGUAAAUUAUCCAUAUUGCGCACACGUGAAAUGUGUCGGAUACAUUCGCAUUUAACGCAAUUAAAUGUUCAACUCGGCCAUUUGAAUAAUACGUCUGGUUCCUUUUAAGUGUUAAAAACGAAAAAACAAGGUAUAUUGUCACCGAAAAGGAGAGUGAGAUCUGUUAUUUAUAUUCUUCUCGACAUUUCCGGUCACGUCAAAAAAAAAAAAAAAAAGAACACAAAAAAAAAGAAGAAAAAAUACUCGUCUCUGCAUUUUUUUUCGAUUGAAAACUUCCUCGUGGAGGAAAAACUAUCUACACAUUUUUUUUUCACGAUUAAUGCUUUGUGUUACGUUCUUGAUGCUAUCUUCACAUUUUUUUUCUUUAUUAUUACUAUUAGAUAUUUAAUAGCCUCGAUUUAGCACACCCGAUGGCGAAUACUUUCGACAAAGUCCCUUUAAAGAACGUUCGUCAUUGAUUCAUCAACGUAUAGAAUAUACUUGUUGAGUCAUGGAACUCUAAAAAAUAAAGAAAUUAUCGUAGGAGAACUAUGCUCCGUUUCUUUAGAACAAAGCAUAAUUAUUAUUAUGCUCUUUUAUAAAAAUUUAUCAGUGCCGCAUUCAUACAAAACAAACAUCGGGAAACGAUUCGAAAAGUAUUUCAUCCCUAAUUGAAACAAAUUGCUUAUAUCUAUAUUGUUCAUCGUUUAUUAAAGUCAACUUGUUAAUCGUCAAUCGUAAGUAAGAACUGAAGAGAAAAAAUUACAUCAUCUAUUUCAAUUGAAAAUUGUCAAAAAAAAAUAAUAUACAAUUGAAAUAACUCUUCGAAAAUUUUUAAGAUCAUACAUUCGACCUCGAGUUAAAUGAAGAGUAGUGAAUGGUUCUUCUAUGCUUACUUAUUUUGAUUUUUCAGAGUUCUAAAAGAUCAAUAAGAAA